AUGGGCCUCUGCUAUGGCAAGUCGGCGGUGGUCCAGGAGCCGGCGGUAGCGGAGGAGAACAACAAAGUCGAUGGCGCGGCGGUGGGCCGAGGCGAUGGCCCGCCGGCGUCACCGGCGAAGGUGUCUCGGACGCCCAAGCAGCUCAAGUUGUCCUUAUACUUGCCGAGCCCGCUUCCACCCUCCAGCUACAAGGGCUCGCUGGCAAACUCCAGCGUCGCGUCCACGCCGGCGCGCGGCGGGUUCAAGCGCCCAUUCCUGCCGCCGUCGCCUGCCAAGCACAUUCGUGCGCUGCUGGCGCGGAGCCACGGCUCGGUCAAGUCCAUCUCCGAGGGUGGCGAACCAGACCUUGGGCUGGACAAGAGCUUCGGCUACUCCAGGCACUUUGCGGCCAAGUACGACCUUGGUCGAGAGGUAGGGCGCGACCACUUUGGCUUCACCUACGCUGCCAAGUGCAAGAAGGGCGAGCUCAAGGGCAAGGACGUCGCCGUCAAGGUCAUUCCCAAGGCCAAGGUGCGAGCAUAUCCUCCUCUUAUUCCCCCGUGUCAAUUUCUUCUUUUCGGUUCCUCACUUAGUCACUUGUGUUCACUGAUUAGUUUUGUGCUCGAUUGGGUCGUCCUGUUUCCAUGGCUUCUUGCAUUCUUUAAAUAG